UCGGGACAAGAUCUACGAUCUAGGACUCGACAAAGCCUAAUAAUGAUUGAUUCUAUUGAAACAACAUACAGACCGGAGAUAGAGCUCUGCCGCGAUGAAAAAGUGCAUAAUAGGCCUGGAAAUUAUGUUCAUGAUACAAACACUGAAGGUGAAAGUACUACAAGGUCUCCGUUGAAGAAGCAAGUUGAGCCAUCCUUUUCUCAUGAGUUGCCUCAAAAUAGAAGGAAACAAACUUUUUUGGACGCUACAUUCAAGAGGUUGAUGAAGCAAAAGGGAAGGAAACUCCUCCGAGAACUUCUGAUGUACAUUGAUAUUUUCAAAGCCAAUAUUUAUUCAAAAAGCCCUUCAAAGGAAACCCUGAAGUAAUUACCUUCAUACUGAGAGAAGGAAAAAACCCUUCAGAUUUUUUCCCCCUAAAAUUUUACUCUUAAGCAAAAGGACACAAUCACAAGGACAUAUUAUUUAGUUUGUUUUUUUUUUUUUCAUGAUGUAGGCAUAUUUUUGGGGGAAAAACUGUAAAAGUGCAGUAUUGUUUUCUUCAAGUUUAGUUGUUUGAUUUUCUUAAUGCCAAAUA